GGCGGAAGCAAAAAUUGCUUUGCGGCCGAUACGGAGAUUGGUUUUCUUUUGGCUUCCGCUCUUGGUCCAUGUGAGAAGUAGGUUGCUGAGAUGAGCAUGAACCGAGCUGCGGAAAGCCUCCUGGCUUUGAGCCAACAUGAAGAACUAGUGGAUUUGUCAAAAGACUACCCCUCGAGUCAUAGUGAAGAUGAGGGGGACAAUGAUGGAGAGAGAAAGCAUCAAAAGCUUCUGGAAGUGAUCAAUUCUGUUGGUGGAAAGAAUAGGCAGAAAUUGGCUGAGCGAUCUGAGGCUAGUCUGAAAGUGUCAGAAUUCAAUGUCACUUCUGAGGGAUCAGGAAGAAAGCUGGUCCUUGCAGAUCUGCUUGAGCCAGGUAAAACUUCAUCCUCAUUGGCCACUGUGAAAAAGCAACUGAAUAGAGUCAAAUCAAAGAAGACUGUGGAGUUACCCCUUACCAAAGAAGAGGUUGAAAGGAUCCACAGAGAAGUAGCAUUCAAUAAAACCUCACAAGUCCUCUCCAAAUGGGAUCCUAUCGUCCUGAAGAACCGGCAAGCAGAGCAGCUGGUUUUUCCCCUGGAGAAGAAGCAGCCAGCAUUUGCUCCCAUUGAACAUGUGCUCAGUGGCUGGAAGGCAAGAACUCCCCUGGAGCAGGAAAUUUUUAACCUCCUCCAUAAGAACAAGCAGCCAGUGACAGACCCUUUACUGACUCCUGUGGAAAAGGCCUCUCUCAAAGCCAUGAGUCUAGAAGAGGCAAAGAUGCGCCGAGCAGAGCUUCAGAGAGCCAGGGCUCUCCAGUCCUACUAUGAGGCCAGGGCUCGAAGAGCGAAGAAAAUCAAAAGCAAAAAGCAUCACAAAGUCAUGAAGAAAGGAAAGGCCAAGGAAGCCCUAAAGGAGUUUGAGCACCUGCGGAAGGUCAAUCCGACUGCAGCCUUGGAAGAACUGGAAAAAAUGGAGAAGGCCAGGAUGAUGGAGCGAAUGAGCCUUAAGCACCAGAACAGCGGGAAAUGGGCCAAGUCAAAGGCAAUUAUGGCCAAAUAUGACCUGGAGGCUCGGCAAGCUAUGCAGGAACAAUUGGCCAAGAGCAAAGAACUGAUGCAGAAACUCCAGGUAGUCUCAGAGAGUGAAGAAGAAGGAGGCACAGAAGAACUCCUUGUCCCUGAUGCAGUAAAUGAAGUGCAGAUGAAUGCAGAUGGACCAAAUCCCUGGAUGUUCAGGAGUUGCACCAGUGACACAAAAGAGGCUGAAAUCCAGGAGGACCCUGAACAACUGCCAGAGCCUGUGGCCCACAAGAUUUCCGAAAGUGAGGGAGAUGAAAGACCAGUUGCAGAAGAAAUGUUGUUAAAAGAAUUUGAGGAAAGGCAAUCCCUUAGAGAAAUGUCUGAGCUCAACCAGGAAGGCAGUCAAGAAACACAAGAUUCUAGCAGCCAGGAGGUGCUGUUUGAAUUGAGAACACUGUCUCUGAAGUGCAGGAAAAAACAUCAGUCCAGGAAGCAAAACACAAGUUUGCUGGGAACUGUUCCCCAGGUCCAGAGAGAGGAACCUGUCCCUGAAGAUGAAGAGCCCCAGUUGUUUCAGAGGCCAGAGAGAGUACAGACUCUGGAAAAGCUGGAAGAGCUGGAGAAAGAAGGAUGUUUUCAAAAUCAGGAGCUUCCCAGACCUGUGUUAGAAGGGCAGCAGUUGGAGAGGAACUUAAAUACUCAGCCCGGUGGCCCUAAGAAGAAAAAGGAGGAGCAAAUGAUUGACCUGCAGAACCUCCUAACCACAAAAUCUCCUUCCAUGAAGUCUUUAGCAGUUCCCACAACAAUAGAGGAGUCGGAAGAUAAAGCAGAGAGACACCAAAAGCAGAUGAUAAAGGAAGCUUUUGCUGGGGAUGAUGUCAUCAGAGACUUCUUGAAAGAAAAGAGGGAAGCUAUGGAGGCGAGUAGGCCAAAGGACGUGGACCUGACGCUGCCUGGCUGGGGCGAGUGGGGUGGUGUGGGCCUGAAGCCCAGUACCAAGAAAAGACGCCGGUUUCUCAUUAAAGCCCCUGAGGGUCCUCCAAGAAAAGACAAGAAUUUGCCAAAUGUGAUUGUCAAUGAGAAGCGAAACAUCCAUGCAGCUGCUCAUCAGGUGCGUGUACUCCCAUAUCCAUUCACCCACCAUCAACAAUUUGAAAGGACCAUCCAGACCCCUAUAGGAUCCACGUGGAACACCCAGAGGGCCUUCCAAAAGCUGACUACUCCCAAGGUUGUCACCAAGCCAGGCCAUAUCAUUAAGCCCAUAAAAGCAGAGGAUGUGGGCUACCGGUCUUCCUCCAGGUCGGACCUCUCUGUCAUACAGAGGAAUCCUAAACAACUCUCUGCAUUUCACAAAAAGCAGUUAAAGAAAAACUCUAUAGAUUGAGUUGCUCCUGGAGGAGUGACAUCUUGAUGCCUGGGACCAGGAGCCCUGUAUGCUCCUCCUUUGGCCCAGUUUUACUCUACUGCAGGAUGGAUUCCAAAAGUGGCUAAGCACACUGUGGGUAUAGUUAAGCUGCAUUUUAGAAAUAAAGGCAUUUUUAUCUA